CAUAAACAUGAUUAAUCAUCUUCUCCAACCAAGAUCACAUCACCUAAUUCACCUUCAUUACCCAACAAUCAACUCCACUGACCAUUAUCCUCAUCAUGCUCCCUAACAACUCCCCUUCUUCUUCCUCAACCUUCCAAUCAAAACUCUUAUACUAUCUAUGGCUUCCAUUAAUAACUUCUUCAGUUUCCUCUACAAAACUCCACAAUCCCAUCAUGCUUCCUACUGACCCAGAUGUUACAUCCCCUUCCACUUCUUACAAAAAUCACUUUAUCUGCCCUGCUUCCGACCCAAACCUUAAUUUUCGCCCUGUUAUCGGAAUUCUGAGCCAUCCUGGUGAUGGUGCUUCUGGAAGGCUUAAAAAUGGUACCAAUGUUUCAUUUAUUGCUGCUUCUUAUGUUAAAUUUGUAGAGGCUGCCGGGGCUAGAGUUAUUCCUAUUGUUUAUACUGAUCCCAUUGAUGUUAUUCUUAGUAAAUUGGAUUUGGUAAAUGGGGUGCUUUUUACUGGUGGAUGGGCUAAGCGUGGUUUGUACUUUGAAGUGGUUCAGAAGAUAUUCCAGAAAGUGUUGGAGAAGAAUGAUGCUGGGCAGUUUUUUCCUUGUUAUGCAAUCUGCCUAGGAUUCGAGCUGCUUACAAUGAUCGUCAGUAAGGACAACAAGAUCCUCGAGAACUUCAGUGCAAGUUAUCAGGCAUCUACUCUUCAAUUUGUUGACAGUGUAAGCAUAGAGGGAACUGUUUUCCAGAGGUUUCCUCCUGAAUUGCUGAUAAAGUUAAGCACAGACUGUCUUGUAAUGCAAAAUCAUAAAUAUGGCAUAUCACCAGAAACACUUAAAGGGAAUCAUCGCCUCUCGAGUUUCUUCAAUAUCAUAACAACUAGCACCGACAAAGAUGAUAAGGUAUAUGUCUCAACUGCUCAAGCUCAUCACUACCCUAUUACCGCCUUCCAGUGGCAUCCAGAGAAGAAUGCAUUUGAAUGGGGUUAUUCUAUGAUUCCACAUUCGGAAGAUGCCGUUCAAGUGACGCAGCAUGUAGCAAAUUUUUUUAUCAGUGAGGCAAGGAAAUCGCCCAACAGGCCGCCUACUCAGGAUGUUCUCGACAAUCUCAUUUACAAUUACAAAUCCACAUUUUGUGGCAAUCGAGGGAGCGGGUAUGAUGAGGUCUAUAUCUUUGCAUAAUCGAAUACAUUCGUUGAUGGAAGUGUAGCUUCUUCUCGUUUUGCUGUAUUGAAGCAGCUUUUACGAAUGUAUUUUGGGAUCGUACAAACUUGAUUGGUUCAAAUGCAUUCGUGCCAAAUCGUCUCCUACUAAGUUACACUACGUGUAAUCGAUAUUUGCAUCUUCGAAAGAGCAUCUCCGAGCUCUAUAUUGUUGCUGUUAUACGUUGCUUAGAGUGCAAAUAUCCUCUCCCCUUGUAAAGAAUGUGAUGGUGCAACUAGAAGAGUUCAAUCGUACAUUAUUCAUAUAUUCGGACGCUGUUAUUUUGAAUUAUUACUUGGUCGACUAUAUUGAUUAUGGAGUUAGGAUACA